GCGACGGAGAGACGGAUCGAGAGGCGAAUGAGCCAGUCGGUAGCGGCGCGUCCGAGGCGCCAGUCGCUGCGAUGUAUCAGUUUGCGUGCUUUCGCGGGUUAACACGGGCCGCCGCGGCGGUUCCGGUGCUUCUCGUACACGUAUGUCUCGCGUCGCUCGUGCUCGUGUGGUGCCCGGUGUCGUGCCAGGAGAGCGGCCUGACGAACCGCAUGCGAGCGAUCAGCGAAGACUUGGACCGGCAGCUGAACGAGAUAAUGGCCUCGCAAGCUCUCAGCUACUCGACAGUCAACACCGUUGGGCUGCCCUACAACGCCACCACCAAGUUCAACCCGAAGGGCAUGGGCCAGCUGUACAACGUAACCAAUAUGUUCAUCGACCUGGUGCAGAGCAAACAGGCGUAUCCGAACGGCAUGAUCACUCUGGUUAAUGGUGCGCCGGUUUUCGCGGAUCCUCUUAAGGAAUGGAGGAUUAUAGUUACCCAUUAUGGAGGACUGGCUGGCCUCGCCCUGAUUGGACUCCUCCUGGCAGCUAUUCUUCCUUGCGCGGGUCUCUUUUUCUGCUGCUGUAGAUGCGCAGGACAUUGCGGUGCUCGCAGUCAGCCCUUUGACAAAAAACACGAUCACUGCAAGAAGAUCAUGCUCAGUAUCGUUCUAAUCGGAGUCGCCACCAUUAUACUAUUCGGCGUGGUAUGCGCUUUCGUGACAAAUGAAUACAUGCAGGAAGGAACCAAGGACCUUCCGAAUAACGCCAAGACUAGUCUGAAAGACGUCCAGCUCUACUUAAACACUACAAAGCAAGAGAUUGACAAUUUGCUCAAGACAAACUCGGAGGAGCUGGAAGUUACGCUCAACAAUAUUCUGCAGGCCAGCGGUAAAAUCGUCACAGAACAGUUGGCGGAAUACUCGCACGCCGUCUCCUUAACAAAUUUGAACGAUAUAGUUACCGGCUUGGAGUCGAUCAGGGAGGAUUUAAGACUGAUGAAUAACAUAACGCAGGAAUUACGAACAAACGCCAGUCAAUUGGAUAUUGUUGUUCGAGGCGUCAAGAAAAAUCUUCUUCAUACUUUGGCUGCGUGUACAACCGAUAAUUGCCAGCGCGUUCUACAUGACUACAAAGUGAAUCGGAUGUCGGUACAAGUAGAUUUUGAUAAGUACAUGGAUCGUUACUUCCCAAAGCUUCUAGCAUCUCUGCCGGAUGUUACGUUCGCGUUACAUAACAUCACCGUGCUCAUGGAAAGUAAUAUAGUAUCAGAAGUGAGUCAAGGUAGAGAGACGUUUCUGAAGAUUCAAAAGGAUAUCCAGCACGCUGUUAAUCAAACGAUUCCCGUCGUGAGUGCGAGUAUACGACGAGCUUGUGACUACCUGGCAAGCGUCGCCAAUAAUAUGACUGCCCUAAUCGACAGGAUAAAUGUCGAUAUAGAUAGAGUUUAUAUUCGACAUCUAGAAGUUGCCCGCACCAAUAUAGAUCAGUAUUCACCUUACAGAUACUAUCUUGGUCUUGGUAUAUCUGGUAUUCUUCUAACUGUCUUAAUGUGUUUGACGUGUGGCCUUCUCUGCGGUAUUUGUGGAAAGCGCCCGGACGGCUAUGGAGACGAUUGCUGUAAUAAAGGAUCAGGUGCACGGUUUCUCAUGAUGGCUGUGUGGAUCAUCUUCCUUUUGACAAGUGUUCUGAUGGUUAUAACCGUUGCUCAUAUGAUAACCGGUGUUAUGGCACAACGCGGUAUCUGCGAGCCUUUAAAGAAUCCGAGAGACAACAGAAUGUUUGAGUUGGUGGACGAGCUUGUGCAAAUCAAAAGAAUACUUUAUCCAAAUAAUCCGAAUGCGGACAUCAAUAUGAGUUAUAUCGUUACCAAGUGCCACGAAAACGAGACGCUUUACAACGUGCUAAAUUUGAAAAAUGUGUUUGACGUUCAAAGUUUGCGCGAGUAUGCCGGACGUUACGAUAUCAAUGACACGAUCCAACAGCUGCGUCGCAAGAUUAGUCUCUCUCCCGGUGUGGUAAUUUUGAAGGACAGUGCGAGAUCCAAGCUGAAUGACCUGGCGCGGAGCGGUCUCAGCGAUAUCAAGUUCUAUCAGUACGCCGAGCUGCUUGCCGAAAACAUCACGAAUAUUAACUUGGAGCACCUUGCCAAACAGCUACUGGAAGUUUCCGCUAAAUUGCCGGAGGGACAGGAAGAUAUAAAACUGAGUCUCGAGAAAAACGCGCAUGACUUGGAACAUUAUCAUAGAGACUUGGUCAUGCCGAUGGCACAGCGUAGCGAGUUAUUGAGUGUAAACGCAUUGAUGCUUCAAGAGAACAUCAAGUUUAAUCAUAGUUCAAUGGCAGACGCUAUUCAUGAUUUAGUGGAUGAAGUCACUAAGGCGCAGCAAUUCUUGAAUAAAGACGGGCCAGAGUAUGUUCAAUACCUUGCAACCAGAUUUGGCAAUGCAUUUUUGCAACAAGUGGAUAAAUUCCUGGAGCACGUGAUCGAUUCCGCGAUUGACAAGAUUGGAAGGUGCGCUCCCGUCUCGAAUGCUUACAAUGCCACUCUCGUGGCAGGAUGUAACAAGAUUCUGGAUCCAUUCAAUGGCUUCUGGGCGAGCGUCGGUUGGUGCCUGAUCCUAUUCAUACCGACGAUAGUGCUCUGCGUGAAACUGAGUGCCCUGUACCAAAAGUCAGAUCCGUAUCCAGGACCUCUUGUCGAGGCUGAAUAUUUGUAUGACGCAUACGCAGACAGGGAUAACAUACCCCUUGCUCACGUUCAUGACAAGAAGCACGUUUCUCAUGGCAGACAUCAUCCCGCGGCUUAUGUCGAGAGUUACGACGGCCCGGCGGUAGGAUAUAGCGAGCGCGAGAGGAUCCCUGACGCCCAUCAGAGUACGUCGCAUCAUGACUCGAGAUAUUCCGACUUGGCGCCGAAUUUCACCCUAUCGUGGCGAAACCGCGAACAUACCGCCCCUUCCAAAACAGAAUCUCACAGUAAAAUCUUUAGCGUAUCACUAGAGUCGCAAAAUUGGGAUUUCCCCAACGGUGGUCCGCCAAGGUAUCAACCAGCUGCCGGAGCUCCGCCUUUAAGCACUGAAUAUGAACGACCACCGCCUUAUUACUAUCCUGGACCAGGGGAUAGAAAUUAGGAAACAAGUGCCGUGGCAUGCACAAAAGCAGCGCUGAACAGCGUGGCAACGCACAGCCUCACGCGCAGCUACAAGCGAACGCUCAAGAAGAGAGAGAAAUCUGGAUGUAAGAGGGACUACGUAUAAUCCUUUGCGUUGUUCCUGAGCGUGCCACGGAUUGUGCGAACACCAAAAGUAACUAAAGACCAAGUUUAAUACAGACUGAGAUAGGCUAAUGGUCCUUUCGCGACGUUUCUUUUCUUUCUAUGUGGAAUGUGAGUAGUGUAUAAUUGACGUAAAUGCGACAUAUAUAAAUUCCUCCUUUAUUCAAGAAUUAACACUCGUGUAUAUUUCGAUACCGCGGAAGGAACAUGGUUCUAUCUAAUCUAGAACAUGGUUCCAGAUUAAAUAUGAACUGAUGAUCGGAGAAUGUGCAAAGUCUCUCCGGUUUUUCUUUUUCUAAUUAAAGGCUAAUAGGUAUGCUCGGAUAUGUUCAGUUUGGCACGGAGAUUUCUUUUCUUCGAAGGAAAAAGCAUAAGUUUUUAAGUGCUUAGAUUUUUAUCUGGAUAAUGUCAUGCCAGUGAUUUCAUCAGUCAGAAUAAGCACGUAAAGAACAAUCGAUCGAAGGAAAACGAGGAAAUCGAAAGAAGCAAACAAUUUCCUUCGUUGUACGACAUGCAAAGACUGCGCGGCAUGAAAAACUACGCAUAUCUCGUGUCAGAUGAACUGUGUAGCACAAAUUAUUAAUGCUGCCAAUUUAGCGUUUCUCGAGAAGAAACUGGCGUUAUUGAUGUCGGAUUUUCGAUCCAUCUCUUCAAGCACUAAGCCAUAUAAAAAUGCCAAACGACACAUAUGUGAUUUACAUAAUUCAUGUAAUUGUGAAGGCAUACAUCGUGCCGUGCGUGCACACUAAAAGAGUUUAUUACUUCGGAAAUCUCGUUCGUCUUUAGCAGAGGAAAACAAAAUUACAUUAGAAACUGAUCCUUAUUCCGCCGGUGCCACUUUCAUCAUGGCGAACGGAAUUUGUGAGAAUUUGUGAGCGGCGCGGCCGUUCCAUUAUAAAUACUCUAUGUACAUGAAUUUUUAAGUAAUUGUUUUCGUAUUACUCUCUUAUAGUAUAACUUAUCGAUGUAAACCGAGGCAAUCCAUAUGUCACGUAGAUCAUGCCUGUACGCUUAAUUCGAAGAUCUACGCACGUAUGGAUUCUUCAAUGUCUGUGUAUUACAAUAUCCGCUCGAGUACAGUAAUUUGCUAAGACAAAUUCAAAAUGUUUCUCACUCGUGCAUGUUCGAUUCAUGUACGAAUCUAAAGAUCUACACGGUAUACUAUCAUUGCAAACAUCAUAUUUAUCAAACAGCCAAGAAAUUUUUAAAUUAAAUUUUUCUUUAAUUAUUUUUCGUUAAGCAGAGUCUUUGAGUGAAACGUUACAAAUUUUCGGUUAAUAGCACAUCAUACUGCUAAAUUCAUUAAAAUCUAGAAACAUUUAAAGUGAAAGAAAUUAUAAAGGAGAGAACAUGAAGGUAGACCGUAAUAAGCUGUAAGCUCUCUGCUUCUUGUCGUACCAACGUAUAUCACAUUUGAAGAAGAAAUCAAUUAGAUUACUAGAAUAUUCAUCAUUUCAAGGUAGAUUACUUCUUUUAGUAACACCUAUGUCCAUUAAAAAAUGUAUACCGCGAGCAAACAGGUUCUUCUUUCUUGAAAAGAUUAAUGUUACAUAAACUUACAUAAACAACAUUGUUGCCAAAAAAGAAGAAACUAAUAAAUGUUUCACGAAAUCAUUGCUGUAACUCGAACAUAAGGGAUAUUAUGAAGGAUAUUGAGAAAUGAUGAUCGAGAGUGAGAUCGAACUGACACUCUAACUGGCAAUUGUUCCCGCGUAUGUACAGAACUAAGGUGGAAAGUAUAAAAACAAGAUUCGCAUUUUCCAAUCGUGCUAUUAGAAAAUGUAUGCUUUUGUUGUGACAGAAAUCAUUUCGAAUCUCCUUUUGAAAACUUUAUGGCACAUUGUGAAUUUUGUUUUGAUACUCUUGAUACGCAUAUACAUUAUGGUAGAGAAUGCGCCAGCUGUUUGUGUCAUUAAAUCCGAUCGGGUAUUGGCAAUCAAGAUUGCUAAAGUCACUCCUUUCCUUCACGUAUUAUAUUGAAGCGCAGUGAGAAUGAGAGCGAGCGAGAGAGAGAGAGAGAGAAUUGUCGCAUUCACAGUCGAGUAAAAUUUUUGCAAAAAUCCCCGCUGUACUAUUACCAUAUUUACAAUCUCAUAGCAUAGUCUUACUGAAUCUACGUCUUAGUCUAUCGACAUUCGACACAACGUAUGUAUGCGUCACGAUUCGAAGGAACAAUGAUGUUUUUUAAAUUAAUGGAAUGUAAUAGCAGGAAUAGUGUGUGCGUGUGUGUGUGUGUAUGGACUCGUAAAGCUCUUACACCCAUCGUCUUGAGCACGAAGAGGCGCGUUUCGGAGAACGAGUGCCGUCAAUAGUGCGCGAGAUGUCCCACAAAUAAAAAUCCGUAGCUUAGUGCGCGUAAAAUUCCGCCGAAAAAAAAAGAUGCGAGGACGUUGAAAUUCCUUGGUGCUAUUUUUAUAAUGACAAUGAUAAUGUACCGAUGGUUCGUAUCAGGCACUUUUUCUCCGCGUUCGCGAACGUGUCGAGUGGAUGCGAUGUAACGAGCUGUUGAUCGAGAAGAAACGUUCAUUUACUCUUUUCCGAAGUAGAUAUGACAUAAGUUCGAAAUCAGCAGGAUUGGACUGGAGAAAACAUCGAUACGAUUCUUGGGUACAAAACUUGGGCACUCUUGCCAUACAUUUAUCAAUCAAAAUUGAAAAGUUUCGUAUAUACGAUCGUGUCCAUAAUGGAAUUAUUCGAUAGAUCCGUUUUUCCAGUCUGAUUCAUCGGUGAGAAAUUGGUGAAAGAGUUUGUACUUUCAUUGUCAUGAUACUGUUACAUUGAAUGGUUAAACGUUAGAGU